AUGAACAAAUUAUUAGCAUUAGCAGCCAUCACAUUAUUAACAGUUGGCAUCCACUAACUUAGCUAACCAGAAUCUUUGGAUUUAAGAGUGUAAUUUGAUAAAUACACAAAUCAAUUCGGCAAAUUCUACACACCAGCCGAGAGAGCUUACAGAUUCUAAGUUUAUUAAGAUGCAAUGAAAUAAAUCCAAAUCUUGAAUUCCGAAGAAAAUAGCACAACUGUUUUCGGAGAAACCUAAUUCACCGAUUUGACAAAUGAAGAAUUCGCUGCCUUACUUUUGACAAGAAAAGAAUCCCCCAUGAAUCUUGAUGCUGAAUUAUAUGUCCCAUAAGGACCUCUUAAGGCAUCAGCUGAUUGGUCAAAGAUUACAUCAGUCAAGAACUAAGGUAACUGUGGUUCAUGUUGGGCUUUCUCUGCUGUUGGUGCAGUAGAAACUCUUUUGACAAUUAAGGGAGUCAUUUCAAAAGAUCUCUGGUUAUCAGAAUAAUAAUUAGUUGAUUGUGAUAAAGGUACAAACAAUGGAUGCAAUGGUGGUUUUGAAAAUUUGGGUAUUCAAUGGGCUAAAAAGAAUGGUCUCACCACAGACAAAUAAUAUCCAUAUGAUGGAGUUCAAAACAAACAAUGCAAAUAUUCAACUGGUUAAUACAAACCAUCAGGAUAUUAAGUUGUAGCUGCAGAUAACAUGUACACAGCACUUUCUUAUUAACCAAUCACUGUUGCUGUUGAUGCCAAUUCAUGGUAAAACUAUAAGAGUGGUGUCUUCACUAAAUGUACUUACAAAUCAUUAAACCAUGCUGUCUUGGCUACUGGUUUCUAAGAGGACGGAGUUUGGAUUAUCAAGAAUUCAUGGGGAACAUCAUGGGGAGAAGCAGGAUACAUCAGAUUACCCGCCACUGGUAACCCAUGUGGUGUUCAAAGAGAAUCCUAUGUUGCUUACCUUGAAUGAGUUAAGUUACACAUUAUAAUCAUUUAAUACAAAUAAUAAUAUCUUAUC